AUGCCACGGCCAAAAGGUAGUAAGAAUCAUGCGAGUAGAAUCCAAUUAGCAUCGUUACCUUCUAUUCCUCCCGUACAAUCAUCUGCUAUAUGUAAUCUGAACGAUGACUUCAGCUGGAUGAAAACAAUGAUGAACAACAAGGGCAGUCGACCAAAGAACACUGAGGUUUCUUUGGAAGAAGACAAUAACUGGAUUCCGACAAGUUCACCUAGUGAUAUCAAUGGAAAUCAUCGAGUUGUUGUCAAUCCAGCUGUACUUCGUUAUCUUGAACAAAAUCGAAAUACGAACUAUUCGUGUCAAACAUCGAAAACAAACGGAUUUCUCGAGAAGAACCUGCCAAUAAAUCCACAGGAAGAUAAAGAUGAUAGUUUAUUCGAUAAUCUAUUGAAAGACUUCUCCAUAGAAACAGACUCGUUGGCACGUGCUCCAAAUGAACCGACCGAACUCGAUAGGUUUUCACACGAUGACUUAUGCUGGGAUGUUUCUGCAUGUUCAACUGACUAUUUAACGAGUGUACGACUAGCCGAAUGGAUUUUAACUCAUCAAGAAAUCGCAAAACUCGAGACGAAUCUAAUAGUAACUAAUCUUUCAGGCUAG